AUGAGUGCAAAUGCGCCCCCCGCCAUCGAGGUUGCUGAUGGAGCAAGGACUCCUCGCGGCCACGACAUCGACGCCAAAACGCCUUCGUUCGAGGUCGACUCCCCAAAGGAAGACAUCAGUGAUCUCGCUGAGCCACAGGACACCACCAAAUCAGUUGGCUUCUGGGAAGCACUCACCCGCCGCAACACCCCCAGAGACCUUAACUCCAUUGCGACAGAGCGUAGUGUUUUCGAUGAUCCCAACUUAGCGCCUUUUUAUCAACCUCCAGCUGAGUACGAAAACGUUCAUCGCUUCGAUCCUCAGGAACGAUGGACCUACCGCGAAGAGCAGCGUGUGCGCCGCAAGACCGACCUUAGGAUCUUCGCCUGGAUUCUCGUCAUGUUCUUCGGCUUGAAUAUUGACAGAGGUAACCUGGGCAACGCCGCGGCAGACAACCUUCUCAAGGAUCUCAACAUCAACACGAAUGAUUACAACAAUGCUCAGAACAUGUAUCGGAUCGGCUUUCUCAUAGCUGAAAUCCCAUCACAGAUGAUUGGCAAGCGUCUGGGUCCUGAUCGAUGGAUCCCUGUCCAAAUUAUCCUGUGGAGUUUCGCUUCGGGUGGACAGUUCUUUAUGCACAACAGGGCCGGCUUUUUUGCCUGUCGGUUUCUUAUCGGGCUCUUCAUGGGUGGCUUUAUUCCGGACAGCAUUCUGUACUUGUCUUAUUUCUAUAAGAAGACCGAGAUGCCAAUCCGUCUCGCCCUGUUUUGGUUCGUCGACUCUAUCUCGGGCGUUAUCGCAUCAUUUAUGGCGUAUGGCAUUCUGCAUAUGCGCGGAGUGGCCGGCAAGGAAGGCUGGAGAUGGCUCUUUCUGAUCGAGGCCUUGGUCAGUUUCGUGAUCGGCGCUCUCAGCUUCCUGUUCCUCGUCCCAGGUCCAACGCAGACGAAGACAUGGUGGAACCCUAAAGGCUACUUCACGGAGCGCGAGGAGAAGAUCAUUGUUAACCGCGUUCUUCGGGAUGAUCCGUCGAAGAGCGACAUGCACAACCGCGAAUCUCUAACCCUCGGUAUGCUCUGGAAAAGUCUCAAAGACUACGACCUCUGGCCCAUCUAUCUCAUCGGAAUUCUUUUCGAAAUUCCAACAGCGCCGCCGAAGACAUACCUCACAUUAUCUCUGAAGGCCUUGGGUUUCAGCACUUUCAACGUCACGCUUCUCGCCAUCCCUGUUACGGUCUUCGCAGCAGUCAACAUGUUGUGGGUCACAUUUCUCACCGAGAGAUUCCAUCAAAUCGCCAUUAUCGGCCUUCUGUCACAGGUCUGGGUGCUGCCUCUUCUCAUUGUCGAGUAUACCUCCAUCGAAAGCUUGUCCCCGUGGGCGCAGUAUGCUGUCACAUUCAUGAUCCUCGGUCAGCCAUCAACGCAUGCCGCUCACGUCGGCUGGUGCUCUCGACUUUCGAAUUCUGUGCGAACUAGAGCAAUCAGCGCUGCGUUGUACAACAUAACGAUCCAGCUGUCUGGUAUCGCGUCGUCCAACAUCUAUCGCGAAGAUGACAAGCCUCACUAUCAUCGUGGAAACAAGAACCUCAUCGCCAUCACCGUCGCUACAAUCUUUGCAUACGCUUUUGCCAAGGUGUAUUAUACGCUUCGGAACAAGUCUAAGCGGGAUCAAUGGAACGCCAUGUCUGACCAGGAACAAGCAGCAUACCUAAACAGUACCACAGAUGAGGGCAAUAAGCGGCUGGACUUCUUCUUUGACAGUUAA